GCGCCCCGUGCACCCCCGCGCCUGCGCGCUGCCAAGGCCCUGCCCGUGUGUGGGGGGCGCCGCCGGCCCCGGGGGGGUGGGGGAAAUAGGGGGUAAAAAAAACAGCGCGCGGAACCGGGCCAGGGUUGCCCACCCCCCGCCACAAUGGCCUCUGGGGUGGAAGUCCUGCGCUUCCAGCUGCCUGGCCACGAGGCCGCUACGCUGCGGAACAUGAACCAGCUCCGGGCAGAGGAGCGUUUUUGCGACGUGACCAUUGUGGCUGACAGCCUCAAGUUUCGAGGCCACAAGGUCAUCCUGGCCGCCUGUUCGCCGUUCCUGCGGGAUCAGUUCCUGCUGAACCCCAGCUCUGAGCUGCAGGUUUCUCUGAUGCACAGUGCACGAAUCGUGGCCGACCUGCUCCUCUCCUGCUACACAGGCGCCCUAGAAUUCGCCGUCAGGGAUAUCGUCAACUACCUGACUGCUGCCUCCUACCUGCAGAUGGAGCAUGUCGUGGAGAAAUGCCGGAAUGCUCUCAGCCAGUUCAUUGAGCCCAAAAUAGGCCUCAAAGAGGAUGGGGUCAGUGAGGCUAGCCUUGUGAGCAGUGUCAGCGCCACCAAGUCCCUCCUCCCUCCAGCCAGGACCCCAAAGCCAGCCCCGAAGCCACCACCCCCGCCUCCUCUACCCCCUCCACUCCUGCGGCCAGUGAAGCUAGAGUUCCCACUGGAUGAGGACCUGGAGCUGAAGGCCGAGGAGGAGGAUGAGGAUGAGGAUGAGGAUGUAUCUGACAUCUGCAUCGUCAAGGUGGAGUCGGCCCUGGAGGUGGCACACCGUCUCAAACCCCCUGGAGGUCUGGGAGGGGGUCUGGGUAUCGGAGGCUCCGUGGGCAGCCACCUUGGGGAGCUGGCCCAGAGCAAUGUGCCCCCCAACACUGUAGCCCCGCCACAGGGUGUGGUAAAGGCCUGCUACAGCCUAUCCGAGGACGCGGAAGGGGAGGGCCUGCUGUUGAUUCCCGGAGGCCGAGCCAGUAGAGACGAGGCCAAAACGGAGACCGAGGCUUCUAUCUGGUGA